AUGAACCGAAUGCAGCUUCUGGAAGAGCAAGCGCAAGAUAGCCUCGCCCUCGAGGCCGAGUUCGAUUCGAAAGUGAAGGAGGUCUUGGACCAGCACUACAGUAAUCUCCAAAGCCUCCGCAAAGGUGCCGGAUCCAACGGCAACAUCCUCAAAUUCAAGAGGUCCACGAAGAAGCUCCAACGCCGGAUCAAGUAUCUCCAGAACCAAAGAUUGCGCAACAAAACCUGGCUGAACCGGUGUUAUGAAACGAGGGCGAAUCAAUACAUGGAGGUUUUGCGGGGUGAGUGGAUUACGCGCGAUUACUGCUACAACUACCCUUUCUGGGGAGACGAGAUGUCGAGCUCCGAGACACAGACUGGGCAUGGAACUCGGGGGACGGGGGUGGCAUGCCACCACGUAGUCGAUGAGGAGGAACAUGGAGUCAUUACCACAGGGUGUUGA